AUGUCGCUUCGAAUCAUGAUCUGCAUAGAUUUUGAUGCACUCAUCUCGAAUGCCUUUCUGGAAUUGGAAUUUGAUCGUUUCAAGCGCAGCCCUGCUGCUGCAAGGACAGAUAUACCCGGCCGUCUUCAACGGAGUGUUAAUUCCGGACUUGGGGCUCUAGUCCCCGAACCGAAGAUCGACAUUUGCCGUCUGCGGCACAUCCGUCUAAUUCCAGGUCCGCACCAUCGAGCAAUUGCCGGUUUACCUUUGGAUCUAACCCGUAUAAAGAUAAAAGGCCUCAAAGUGCCUAUUAGUUGGCGUGGCCAUGAUCUCGCCACUUAUACCUAUGGGCUUUCACACCGAGUUGUGCUUGCAGCAACAGAUGGUGAUGUGGAACGCAAUGCCGUGUGUGCAUAUGCCAUUUAA